AUGGCGUUGGAGUCGCGCGGGGAUAUAUAUUCUCCAACCGGGAAGCUUCAUGGAGAUACUGCCGACAGCCGCAACAUUUCUGAUGCAGCCUUCAAAGCUCUCCAAAAAGCACAUCAUAUUGGGUGUCGGAAACCUCUCCUGGUGCUCGGAGACCUUACAUCGGGACCAAAAGAUGCCGUCUGGAUGCAGAAGGACUUCCCCUUACUGAAUGCCAUACUCGGCGCUCUACACGCCCUCUACAACCCACUCGAAUUACGUGAGGCUUUUCCCAAGAGGGCGAAGAAAUUUGAUAGUCUGUUGGUGUUUGGUGCUUCGGAGAAAAUCUUGAAGGUUGCCCAUGCGAUCGAGGAGGGCCGACGUGUGGCUCGUGACAUCGCAGGAUCGGAUCCAGAACGGAUGUCUGCCCCUAGGAUAGUUGAAUAUCUACUGAACGAAUUUGCCUCCGUGGAGGAGGUGAUAAUGAAGGUAGAAGAGGUCGAUGCCUCUGCAUACCCUCUCAUUGCUGCCGUCAAUAGAGCCACUGCGGGUAAGAUGGACACUUAG